AUGGAUAAAAAUAUAUUGAUGGUAUUGCUUAUUGUCUUACUUCUAUCAAUUGCGAUUUCAAAUUCUCUUGAUUUCUUAAUUGUGUACAGCGAAAACCAAGAUUUUGACAUAAGCAUCGUACAAAGCAAGCUUAAUUCAAAAAUAAAGCCAACAUAUAAUAAUUUUACAUUAACAUGAGUAGUAAAAGAGUCAGCUGAUUCAUUAAUUCAAAGCAGCGACAAAGAUUGAUCAAUUAUUGAUGCAUCCUAUGACUGAAACACACAUUAUCAUUUAUCUCAGCUUGCUGAAACAAAUAGUUUUGUUCACUUUCUUAUGGACGACUACCAAGAAAGCUACAACAAAUGAACCUAUUCAUUAAACUUUGAGAAAAGCAGUUACUUGAAAGCUAUUAUAAACACACUAAAAAAAUUCAAUUGGACAACUGGGGUUUUCUUCUUAUCUGACUCCCUUCCUUUCCAAGAGCAAGCCAAAAAAUUUUCUGCCUAUUAAAGUGGAUUAAUUUUAAUAGGAAAAAAAUUCUGUUUAAAUUUAAAAAACUCCAUAUAGUAAGAAUGAGAAGGAAAAAUUACUUUAAUUUAUAAAAUUUAUGCUUUAUGCGAUGAGCUGUUUAAAACUCAAUUUCAUAACAGAAUUUUUUAUAUUAAAAAAAAAUUUUGUUCAUUCAUAAAGGUUUUCUCACGAAAUAGGGAUUUUCAUUAGUUUGUUCGCUCACGGAGGGAAGAUUGAGGAAUUUUUCUAUUUAAAAGAUCUUAUUAAUAGUAGUUAUUCCAAUGAGUUCAAUUAUUUUUUAAUCCAGAGCUGCUCAAAUAUAGCGGAAAUAGUUAAUAGAGAGGUUUUUAAUUUGGGAUCAAAUUUAUAUAGUCCCUUAAAGAUUUUGCGGACGUAUCUGGCAUGUAGGCUAAUCCUCCACAUGUCAAAAAUAUUUUUCACAAUGGAGACACACAGUAUGAGACUCUAUGUUUUGAAUUUUUUUGAUAUAUUGGGAUGACUCACACGCAGAGUUCGUCUCACAAAAUGCGCAAACGACUAUAUUAUUUAUUUACGGACUUAGAUGUCGCAUGAAAAAUAGUGGAUAAUUUAACUAGAGAAAACUUGCUAGAAGCAGGUAGCUCAGUUUUGAUGAAUAUUGAAAGCAGCUAUAAUUCUACGUUAGAAGGAUCGCUAAUUAUUACUCCCAGAUUUGAAGAGCUUACUGAUUCGAAAGAAGAUCAUAUCUCUUGCCAGAUAUCCAUUUUAAUUGAAAUUUUUGAGAAUGAGGAAGUCAAUAGAGGAAUAAUAAUUGAUAAUCAAUUCAUAGUUAAAGAGGUUGCUGAAAGAAUGUGCCCAAAUCAUUUUUGUGUGACUGCUUUUAGCUUAGUCAAUGUAAAAAAUGGAGUUCAUGAGCUAAUUGCUGAUACAUCGGAAAAUCAUUUUAGCGAUAUUAUUUUUAUAGGAAAAAAUUCACAAAUAAUACCUUCAUCUAAAAAAAAAAUCUUGCAAGUAGGCCUGAACAGUGGGAUUCAUAAUCCUAAUGGAGUUCAAGAUUAUCCGUACAAUGCAAUUGAAUUUACAGGCAGCCACUUAGCGAUCUCAUUACUAAAUGAAGAAAAACUAGGAAUUCUUGAGAAUUUUGAAAUUCAAGGAAAUGAUUUCGAUUGUGGAGCAACAGCAUUAAACUCGUCAUAUCAGUUAAGCUGUAUAAACAAAAACAUAACCAAUAUUGGGCUAUUUUACAUCCCUCCAAGCAGCACAACAGUUUUAUUAGGCCUUAUAUCAACCUUUAUGAAGCUAAACUUAACUAUCCCCCAAAUAGGAGCAAGAAUAGGUUCAAACACUCUUUCUUCAAGCGCAAAUUACCCAUAUUUUGCAAGGGUGAGCUUUGAUGCCACUUAUAUCGCAUCUUUGGCAGUCAAAAUGCUCUAUACCCUUGGCUGAAAUAGUUGCGCCCUUAUCCAUCAAGUAGAUGCUUUUACCAGCCAGUGGGCUACCAAUUUUGUACACGAAGCUAAAGACUAUAAAAUUGAUAUUCUCAACAGCCCUAACUCUCGAUCAUUCCCUGCAAAUUCUUACUACAGUACUUUAAAAGCGAAUUAUUCCCAUGUUUUUCAAGAAGCUAUAAAUAGUAAUGCAAGAUUAAUAGUUUUCGCAGUUUUUCCCAAUAUUGCCCCUGACGGUAUAAAAAUGUUUUACGACUUAGGCAUGAGGAGUUGAGACCUUCUUAUUUAUUAUUGCAUUCCUGGAGUUAUGUCGUCUAUGUAUUCCUCAGGCGCAGCUUAUCUUCAACAAGUAAAAGAAGUGAGUAUUCCCUCAAUGGCUUUUGAGCAGCCAGCUUAUAUUGGAAGCACUGGGGCAAUGGUAGCAGAUUUGCUUCAAUCAAGAUAUGGGAUUGACAAAACUGACCGCCAAAUUCCACCGUGCUGGUAUUUUGACGCGCUAUAUUUAGGCGCUUUGUCACUUGAAUUUAUGAUUCAUCGAGGUCAGGAUUAUAGGAAUGGAACCCAAAUGAUAUCGAAUGUAAGAAAACAAAAGUUCACGGGAUGCUCUGGCAAGGUGCAAAUAGAUAAUGGAACAAAUAAUAGAAUUGUUGAACUUGUUGUUUUGCAGAACGCUGUAAUGGAUCCUGAUACAGGCGAUGUGACUAUUAGUGAUAAUGCUUUUUUCAGGCCAACUGGGUCUAUUAUUCUUGAAGUUCUUAAACCUCUCUUGUAUCCAGGAAAUACAACUUCUAUUCAUUUGCUGAGGGUGAUUAAUGGAGAUUGCCCAUUUCCAGAUACUUUAAUUAGAACUUUUGGCAAAGGGAGAUACUUAAUUUUUGGCAUAUGUAUUGCUGUGGGUCUGAAUACCGCAUUGCUGACGUUUUAUAUUUGGAAAAAAUGAUGGAAUAUAAAAGUGGACCAGCUGACAACAAAGCAGGAAAUUUCUAUUGAAGAUUUUAUGAUGGGCGCUACCGUUGUAAUAGAGUUUUUUCAAUUGCUAGCGAUGGGGCCAGAUAUUACACCGAUUAACUCUUUAAUAGAAAAUAUAGGAAACAUGGUAUCUUUAGACCUUAACCACGUAAUAAAAGCAACAAAUGGGGUCUUUUGGAUUUUCCUUGAUUUUAUAUUUGCCUGUGUGCUGCUAUGGGUUAUUUUGUCGACCAAUGUUUUAUUAAGACUUGACGAAAAAUUUCCCUCAGUUCCUCUUUUAAGAUUUUUGAAUCAAUUAGCAGAUUUAUUGAUGCCAGUUCUUGGAAAUCUGAUGUUUAUCCCCAUAGUAUCAGUCUUAUUGGAUGUUUUUGUAUGUGAUAAAUCAAUUGGAAAUAAUUUUACAGACAGCUAUAUGGUAAAAGACUGCUACCAAUUCUGCUGAAAAGAUAGUCAUAUAAUAUAUGCCGCAAUUUCUGGGCUCUGUCUUUUGAUUUAUGAGCCUUUAGCUGUUUUUUGUAGGCCGCUCUGACAAGAACUAGAGCCUUUAAUCCAUGUGAAAUAUACCCCAUUGCAUUUAAUGGCAAAAACGAUAUUCCAAGUCGUUCUUAUCCUUAUGAAUAAAACAGUCAAAAGAGCUGAGGAAUUAAUACAUGGGAUUUUAUUUACAAUUGUAGCUAUCAGUUUUGUGAUCUUCACAUUUAAGCAUAAAGCUUAUAAUUAUCCUCGGUUCAGCUGAUGACUUUCUCUAAGCCUAAUAGCUGUAACUUGAACUUCAUUUUUGGCAACAAUUAAUAUAGGCCUUCAAAAAAAUUCAAGCAUUGCUUGGAUAUUUAUAUUAAUUUUUGGGUAUAUUGUUAUCGCAAUGAUCGGCUGGAUAGUUCAAAGGAAAAAAUACCCAAGUUUACUUUUUAGAAAAACGGUAAAAAAUACGAGCACUUUGUUUAAAUUUGCAUUUAGUUUCAGAGGGAAAAGCUCGAAGAUUGUUCCGCUUAAGUCAGUAGAAUAA